GGAGAGCAAACGAGAGCGGGUGGGCGGGCUCUGGCGCAGCUCCAUCCCACCUCGAAAAUACCAACCAGGUGCUGCAGCUUCUUCCUCCUCUGCUGCCCGCUCGCCUCCCACAUGCUUGUGGACGUGAGUCGCUGCACCGCUGCUCUGACGGAAGCCUGCGGCAGUGAGCAGCCGCUAUGUGCCUCCACUGAUUGACACAUCGUCGUGGUGGAUCCCGCUCGGACGGCCGGACAAUAGGCAGCCCGGUGCAGCAGCAGCUUCUCGUUCUUAGCCGGGGAGCUUUCCCAGCAUUCCUGUCUGGGAAUUCUGAACUCACCGCGAUCCCAGAUGGCCGGACACGGCUGGGAAGACUGGUUCGAGAGGGAAGAAUUUAUCGGACAGAUCAGCGACAUCCGAGUGCAGAACCUGCAAGUUGAAAGGGAACUGGUUCAGAAGAGGACCUUCACCCGUUGGAUAAACCUCCACCUAGAAAAGUGUGACCCACCCAUAGAGGUCCAUGACCUCUUUCAGGACAUCCGGGAUGGGCGCAUCCUCAUGGCUCUGCUGGAGGAACUCUCUGGCUGUAAAUUGCUUCACGGGUUCAGGAAGUCCUCCCAUCGUAUUUUCCGACUGAAUAACAUCGCCAAGGUCCUGUCUUUUCUUGAGGAAAGAAAUGUAAAGCUGGUCAGUAUCGAUGCAGUUGACAUUGCAGAUGGAAAUUCCUCCAUCAUCUUGGGACUCAUUUGGAACAUCAUUCUCUUCUUUCAGAUUAAGGAACUGACUGGGAACAUCAGGAGCCAGUUCCCCUCCUCUUCCAGUCUUUCAUCCAUUCCCACCAGCUCUGACUCUGACACAUCCUACAGCAGCACGCCAUCGGACGACAGGCAGUCAGCAUCCACAGCCGUGCGAGAACACAGCAGGGCCAUUAAGAAGUUACUGCAGUGGGUACAGAAGCGAACACGCAAAUAUAGUGUAGCAGUGCAGGACUUUAGUAAAAGCUGGAUCAGUGGUCUGGCUUUCCUGGCUGUUAUUAAGUCCAUUGACUCCAGCUUGGUAGAUAUGAGGAAAGCCCUAUUGAGAAGUUCCAGAGAAAAUCUAGAGGACGCCUUCAGAAUAGCCCACUACAGCCUGGGUAUACCGCGCCUUCUGGAACCUGAAGAUGUGUCUGUCAAUGCACCAGAUGAGCAGUCUAUUAUUACAUAUGUGUCUCAGUUUCUGGAGCACUUCCUGCCAGAGGAGCCCUGCCAGCUAAUUGAACGAAGUGUCUCUAUGGGCCGACUCAACUUCCGCGACAGCGACUCUGACCACAUGAGUAAAGGUACUCACCGAAGCAGAGUAAGGGAGCGGUCCUAUAUGUUUCAGAAGGACAGUGCCCAACCCCCACCCAAAAUCUUAAUUUCCUCUGUAUCAGAAGACAGAAGCAUGAUGCUACCUUCCUUCAGGGUGACAGCAACUCGAUCGUGGUCCAGCGAUGACAUUUUGACAGAUUCGCCCCUAACAGAUGACCCCAUAAAACCAGUGGAAGAAAUCUUAACCAACAAUGGUGACCCACAGCUGUCUUAUACUCACUCGCCCACCGGCUCAUCAGUACCCGAGUCUGUAAACACAGAGUCAGUAUUGGAUGACUCUGCAAUCAGCUCACCAGACUCUUGGGUGGAGAGUGAGCUUGCCGUGGCAGGGGAGAAGGAUGGCGAGAGCCAAAGUUGCUUGUGUGAUAUUGAAACAGCUUGGGACGUGUACCGUGCGACCCCUGUGGAAGUAACUGCUAUUGAUGAAGGAUUUAUCCCAUCCAUAGAAGAAAGAGCCCCUGAUGAGCAGUCACUAAGUGAGUGUUGUGUUGAUGAAGGGAUUUACUCUUUGAGCUCACUGGAGAGCAUGCAGAACAAAUUCCUGGGGCAUGCUAAGAAAAGGGAACUACAAGUAGCUGAAGUGGAAGAUUCAAACCUUGAAAGAAACAACCAGGACUUGGAAACAGAGCAGAUCAAUACUGAGGUUACACAGCUAGAGUCUGAAUUCACUUCAGCUGAAGUGAGGGACUUUGUGCUGAAGAUCUCCUUGAACCUCACGUACUGA